AUGGUUGAUGUUGAUGCUCAUGUUGGGCCUGAAAAGGAUGAGGCCCACACGUGCCCGCGUGUUGGUCUUUCGCGCGUCCCGAGACACACCCAAUCAUGGUUUUACAAACACAACUACGGCCAGAAUCUCCUCCGUCAACAACCAACGGCGGAGAUGCGUUUGGCGUUUGCUAGGCCUCGUCUCACACAGUUCGAUGUUUCGCUUUCGGCCUCUCGUGAUAGCAACACGGUGCCAACGUGGCGGGGUGGACCCCACCACAAGAAGAAGUACCUCAGUAAUGAACAGUCCAAUCCCAAGGCUUCUCCUUUUGGUAUUGGGUUUGUGCUGCCGGCCAGAGGCUGUGCGGUCCCAAGAAAUCGAGCCUCCGUCGCCAGUGAAGCAUCCCCACUCGAAGAACGAGCACCAAAGAUUAUUCUGAGCAUUGUGUUGGGAGUCCUGACCGGAGUAAUUUGUGCCAUCCUCACUGCACUCUUAGUCCGGUGCUUUGUCCGCUACAUCAGCAGAACACCAAUUCUCAAGGGCCCCGUCAUUUUCUCCCCGAAGAUCGACCCCAAAACGCUCCAAUUAGCACUGGCUAGCGAAAACCAGUUGCUGGGUUCUAGCCCCAUUGGGAAGUACUGCAGGACUGUUUUGGACAAUGGGCUGAUUAUUGCAGUCAAGCAGCUCGGACCCUUUUCGGAGUGUGGCUCGCCGGAGGCUCAGAGCAAGGCGGCGAAGCGGCGGAUACAGCAGGAGCUUGAAGUGCUUGCUGGCCUAAGACACAGGCAUUUGAUGAGCCUGCGGGCUUAUGUUCGCGAACACGAUAGGUUCUCUUUGGUUUAUGAUUUUGUGCCGAAUGGGAGCUUGGAGGAUGCUAUGAACAGAGUUAGAGAAACCGAGUUGCAGCUCAGUUGGGAAGUUCGGCUUCGGAUUGCAGUCGGGGUGAUUAAGGGACUUCAGUAUCUGCAUUCGUAUGUUCCUCAGAUUAUGCACUACAAUUUGAAGCCUACAAAUGUUAUGUUGGAUUCGGAGUUUGAGCCGAGGUUGGGAGAUUAUGGGUUGGCGAAGCUUGCGCCUUAUUUGGAUGUAGCAACAUCUGAAUACAGCGCUCCAGAGUGUUUCCAGAACGGCAGGUAUACAUACGAGACUUUGAUUUUGUGUAAUGGGGUUUCAUUAGUAGCAGUUUCGUUAGUAACUUACUGGCGUUGUUGUAGGCCAAUUGAAACAGAAAUUCCGCGUAGAAAGAAAACUUUAGCUAUUGAUAGGUACACGGAUAAGAGCGACAUUUUCAGCUUUGGGAUGAUAUUGGGCGUUUUAUUAACCGGAAGAGACCCAACCGAUCCCUUCUUUGGGGAAGCAGCUAGUGGCGGAAGUUUAGGGCGGUGGCUGCGGCACUUGCAGCAAGCAGGCGAGGCACGGGAAGCAUUAGAUAAGAGUAUAAUAGGUGAAGAAGUGGAGGAAGAUGAGAUGUUGAUGGCAGUGCGAAUCGCCGUUGUAUGCCUAUCAGAUUUGCCAGCAGAGAGGCCCUCAAGCGAUGAACUUGUUCACAUGCUAACCCAACUGCACAGUUUUUGA